AUGCCUUCAGCCCACCAGAAGCCAUUGCUGCGCGUGGUAAAAUCCCUCUCUGGCACUGAGUUUAGUUCUGGACUCUUUUCGCCUUGGUUGUGUGAACUUCGUCAGGACUCAAUUGUUUCGUUUUGUGACUUAGCCAACCGUCUUAUUAGAAAAUUGGAAGUCUCCCCAGAGGUCUACUCAUUUUUUUCGGACUCGUUGUUGGCUGACCAACUUAUUGAGUCUAAACAACGACAAGAUGCAUUUGAGCCAUCGAAAGUGACCAAUGGGUCUGCUGCUGUGAUAUGCAUCGACAAUCUGUGGCAUUGGGAUCCCAUCAGUGCAGUAGAUGCUUACCUGCGUCCGGCAAGUGUCGUAGACCAGAUUCUUACACGACUGCCCUGCUCUGAGGAAGGACACACCCUUGUGGACUGGCGUCGACUUAGUAAAAACAGGGAUUUCCCAAGCCUUCAAAUGGUUCUGGCCACGAGCACCUCGGAAGCCGGGCGACAGUUGCUUGAAGACCUAUUUUUGUGCCAAAAGCGGGCUGAAGAGGUUAAGUUGAUCCAAAUGGCUCUCAUUGACGUCGCGCUGAACCUGAACGCACCUGACGUGGACAAGCUGAUAAAGAGUGGAGAACCCUUUCAAGCUAUUCCCAGAGCUGUUUUUAAUACCCUGUGCCAACGCAAACGCUACGACUACCUCCCGGUGGUGGAGUUGGGCGUAGCGGCAGCGGAGGCAAAGGCAGCAGCAGCUUCUGAAGCGUUGAAAGCAGGUUCAUCUGUCACCAACGCUGGCGUGGAGGGUCUACUGCGACGCUAUGAAAACGCGCUGAUGCUGGCGCACUCGGAGGACGCUGCUUCGGAUGCCUCCUUCCUCACAGAUGACGAUGGUUUGCAGCAUUGCCGUCCCAUCCUCCUCAAAGCUCUCCAUGACGCCUCUCAACUGGCUAACCCGGAUGAAAUGUUGCUUAUACUAAUCCGGUUUAUCUGGCUACUGCCUUCGCGUGGAUGCAAUCCAAACUCCAGAGCCAACUCUCCUCUCAUCGACACUAUUGAUGGUAUCUUUCAAGCCACUACCUCCACUGCUUCCUUCAAGGAUUCUGCUCUGGCGAGGUUUCUGAAAAAGCACAAUCCUGAAUCAAUGGGACGGUGCCUUUUGGCUGUAGCCUACCGACGUCACCUUCUGCCCGCCUAUCGGGAGAGCGUACGCUACAUUGGUUUCCCUCAACUGGUCUCGCCGGUGGUUCAAAUGUUCAAAGACCUCGUAGCAGCGCAUCACCAACCUUCCACCGCCUCAUCUGCGCUGCAAUCGUUGCAAUACCGAUCCACCGUCUCAGUCCGUGGCUCCACUACCUCCGAUAACAGCGACCCAACUCUGCUCUCCAAUGUUAGCAAACUCAUAGCAAUGAGCGGAGUGAUGGGGGGUCGCCGGGCUCCACUCCCUUACCAUGCUUCUCUGAUCAUUCUUAUAACUUACGGCACCAUCACAUGGACACUGGCACGAGAAAUCGUCUCUGCAGUCACUCGUAACGCUGCUCAACCCCUUGAAGGCCAACACGAAAGAUCCCUUCUUUCUGUACUCGAGUGCCUGAAGAACGUUCGUGUCCUCUCCCAUAGCGCAAUUCCACGAGUAUUGGUGAUCCUUGUCGCUGUUCAUGUGAGUACCGUUUCGCUGGAAUUGGGCAAACUCAACUCCGGCGAUUCGGAAUCCAUUCCAUACGAAGAGUGCCAAUCCUUUUGCCCUAUUGACGGAAGUAUUUCUGAGUGUAAUCAUAAUUCGAAAUCCGGUUCCGCGUUUGAUUCGUGA